UUCCUGAGGGCCAGGAUGUCCUCCCCUGACCUGAAGGCAAGUGCUGCAGGAAAGGUAACAGACUUCAACAAUGGCACCUACCUUGUCAGCUUUACUCUGUUCUGGAAGGUCACUCUAUCUAUCCUGCUCAUCCACCCCAGUGAGGGGGUGUCAGUUCUGUGGAAAGCAAGGAACCAAGGCUAUGACAGGAUUAUUUUCAAAGGUAAAUUUGUUAAUGGCACCCUCCAUGUCUUCACCAAAUGUGGCCUGACCUUAAAUUUAAGUGCUGAACUGUGCAAGUACCUGGUUAGUCGAGACCAAGAAGCCAUCUACUGUGUGAGACCUCAACACAUGCCCUGUGAGGCCCUCACUCACAUGACCACCAAGAAUCAAGGAAUUUCUUAUCUUACUAUCAAAGAAAAAAGACUUUUUCACAGGUCCAAUAUUGGAGUUGAAAUGAUAAAACAUCUUAAACACAAUGAUGUCUCUCAAUGGAGCACGAGUGAAAAGAAGAGAGAGAAAUGCCACGUUGGAAUGAAGAUUCCUGUCUCUGGUGGUUAUACUUUGGAAGGAAGGUGGAUUACAAUGUUUUGUAACCAGAUUCAGUUAAAUACAAUUAAGAAAAGUGGCUGUUUGAAAGGAAAGCUCAUUUACCUGCUGGGAGACUCUACGCUGCAUCGAUGGAUCUACUACGUACCCAAAAUUGUAAAAACACUAAAAUUUUUUGAUCUUCAUGACACUGGAAUUUUUAAGAAACUUUUGCUUCUGGAUGCAGAAAGACAUGUACAGAUUCAAUGAAAAAAACAUAGCUAUCCAUUUAUCACUUACCAGCUCUACUCUGUGAUAGGUGAGAAUUAUAUCCUUUGGAUAAUUAACCAGAUAUCAAGUGAUAAAGACACAGCCAUCAUCAUCAUCAUUCUUGGCCAGCACUUCCGAUCCUUCCCAUACAUUUUUAUUCGCAGGGCCAUUAGUAUCCAAAAAGCUACUGAAUGACUAUUCCUAAGAAACCCAGCCACUAAAGUGAUCCUUAAGACAGAAAACAUCAGGGAGAUGCACAUAGAUAUGCAGAGGUUUGGAGACUUCCAUGGUUAUAUUCAGUAUCUUACCAUGAAAGAUAUUUUCUAAGAUCUCAAGGUGGGUGUCAUUGAUGCCUGGGACUUGACUGUUGCUUAUGGCACCAAUAGUGUCCACUCGCUUGAUUAUGUGAUUGGAAAUCAGAUUAACCUGUUCUUCAACUACAUUUGCUAA